UACUAUUCUUGAUUUAACUAACGAGAAUACGAAAUUAGAAACCGAAAAAGCCAGUUUAGAAACUCAACUCCAAGAAUUACAGAAAAAUAAAGGAUUAGAUGAGGAAGUAAAAAAAUUAAAAGCCCAAGUUGCCCAAUUGGAGCCUUACAAGCAGGAACUUUUGAAAAUAAAACGAGUGCAAACCAACCAAGAAUUGACCAUUUUUUUCCAAGCAAUGGAAAUCUCCAACAGUCUCAUUGGUAAAAGAUUUAAAAGUGAUGAAGUUUGGAAAAAAACAUAUGGAACCAAUUUUGACUAUGAAGACAUUGUUGAUGAAAAAUUAACCUUAGAAAAUAGAGAAAAUAUGAAAAUGGCCUUUAAAGUGGUAGCCUGUAUUUGUGCUACCGAAAAAGCCGAAGAAUUAAAAGCACAAUUAAAAAAAAUUGACGCUAAAUUAAAAAAGAGGAUUGACAACAUUAAUGAGAAUUGA